AUGGCUGUUGAUUCGUCGGUUCCGACGGAGUGGGAAAAGGGAAAUUUUCGAUGGGGUGGGGCAGCGCCGGUGAUGGUGUUUUUCUGGCGAUUCGGCCGUUAUCUGAUAUUGUUUUCUUCUGAUGAUGAUGAUGAUUCUGUGCGACAAAGUAAUCUCUACACUAGCAAGCUGAAGGAGAUUGAUAAGGAGGAUGUUAAACUAUACUUGCUACUGAAUCAGCUCACUCAGUCUCAUUUACAACAUAAUGCAUAUGGGGUGAAAGAUAAGUCUGCUUGUAAGCUUGAUAUAUCAGAAAAGGAUAGAAAGUAUGCUCUUGAACUUAUCUCUGAGGUAGGAUUGUUAGGUGCUAAACCAGUUGAAACUCCCAUUGAUGUGAAUGUCAAACUAACUUCUAAACAGUAUGAUGAUCAAACCAAUCAAAACCAUGAAGAUCAAUUGGUAGACCAAGGAGCAUAUCAGAAAUUAGUUGGGAAACUUCUAUAUCUAAACAUGACAAGGUCUAAUAUUGCAUAUAGUGUUCAAAUUUUGAGUCAGUUUUUGCAGCUACCUAAAAGGUCUCAUAUGGAAGCUGCACUAAGGAUUAUCAAAUAUAUUAAAAAAUAUCUAGGACAAGGUAUACUUCUGUCUAGUUGUUCAAAGAAUGAGGUAACUGUCUAUUGUGAUGUUGAUUGGGCAGUAUGCCCUCUUACAAGAAGAUCUAUAACUGGAUAUAUAAUCAAAAUAAGAGAUUUUAUAGUAUCUUGGAAGACUAAGAAGCAAACAACAGUAUCAAGAAGCUCAGCUGAAGCUGAGUAUAGAAGUCUGGCCUUUACUGUUACUAAAUUAGUCUGGUUACUAGGAAUGCUAAAAGAUCUAGAUGCAAAGAUAAAGUUACCAGUGAGUGUGUUUAGUGAUAGCAAAGCAGUUAUUCAACUUGCUGCUAACCCGUCUAUCAUGAAAGGAUAA